CUUGAAAAAAAGAGACAAAAGAUGUCGUUGAUGGCCCCUUUAUUUUCAAAAAGAAAAAGAUGAAUUGGACUUCUGAAUUGUUCUUCAGAUCUUGCCUCCCACAAAUCAAAAUUCCAGGUUUAUGGAAUGAAAUCACAAACACAAUGUGCUUGCUCCCUCACAGAAACGACAAUGCUAGUGGUAUUCUCGCAGAGCAGUAGAAAUGAUUGACAUUAUUUUUCUACAGAUGCCAUUAAAGCCGCCCUUUGGUAAAUCCUCAGAAAAAUGUUCCCAUUCUUCCUGAUUCUGCAUCAGCAAGCUUAAUCUGCAUCACCUAGAAUGAUAAAGAUUAAGAGAAAUUAAGGGGUUUAAAGGCAAAAAUACCGCAGCCCAGAAACAGGUGUCCACAGGGUUGCUGCAAAGAUGGCAGGACCAAGCUCUGCCAGUUGAGAAUUGCAGAAGAAAGCUGCGGGAUUUUGAUAUGAGCAACCUCGCAGCGGAGCCGAAUGCGUACAUGGAAUGGGAGGAGGAGAAAUGUGGGAAGACAAGAAACGUUGCGUUUGGUUGAAAGAAGAAGAGGGAGAAACGCGAACCAAAGCAACGCCAGCACGGGGACGCAAUGGUUCAAGUUCAAAAUUUCGACCUCAAAGGCAUGCCAGCAGAGCAGUAGCGGAGGCUCUCUUUAAAUUUCGAGAAAAAAGAAAAAACAAAAGGACUCGCAAUCCAAGAGAAACUCCAGAGAUAGAAAGAGAGACAGAGACCGGAAACGAAGCGAAAUCCCCUUUCCGGAGGCGAUUUCCUUCGCCCUGAACGUGAUAAUCGUGGAUGGCGAACGGUGGAAAUGAACGUUGGGGGACUAUGACGGUGUUGAAGAUGAACCUGAACCGCACCGCGACGACGCCCUACCAUAACAAUCGCCGAAGCCGUCCGUGGAGUCAUAGCCGCACGCGCACUGCCCUCGUGGCCGUCGUGGCGCUCCUCCUUUCCACUGCCGCCUGGCUCUCUCUUGUCUUUUCCGGUACCACCACCCACUGCUGGCACCGGUUCAAGGAUUGGGAAGGCAGCCCCCAUUCUCUCCAUUGGGCCUGGAGAAACCGUCGUCGUUCCCAUCUUCCUUCUUCUUCAGUCUUCUCCUCGCCACCGUUGCGGCAUCAGUUUUCCCCUCACAAUCGCACCCGGGGGGAUGAUUUGUCCCUACGACACGUCGUGUUUGGCAUAGCCGGUUCCUCGCGGCUCUGGAAACGGCGCAAGGAAUUCGUGAGGCUCUGGUGGCGUCCUCACGAUAUGCGGGGCCACGUCUGGCUGGAAGAGGCGGUGCCUCGCGAGGAGGGGGAUGAUUCCUUGCCUCCCGUCAUGGUUUCCGAGGACAUAUCUCGCUUCCGCUACACCAAUCCCACCGGCCACCCUUCUGGACUCCGCAUUUCCCGCAUAGUCACCGAGUGCUUCCGCCUGGGCUUACAGGAUGUACGCUGGUUUGUUCUGGGAGAUGAUGACACCGUUUUCAAUGCCGAUAAUCUCGUCGCUGUUCUCCGCAAGUACGAUCCAUCCGAGAUGGUUUACAUCGGGAGCCCAUCAGAGAGCCAUUCUGCCAAUACCUAUUUCAGCCACUCCAUGGCUUUUGGCGGUGGUGGGAUCGCUGUCAGCCGCCCGCUGGCCGAGGCACUCUCCAACAUUCAGGAUGACUGCCUCGACAGGUAUCCCAAGCUCUACGGAAGUGAUGAUCGACUCUAUGCCUGCAUUUCUGAACUUGGCGUUCCCCUAACAAGGGAACUUGGCUUCCACCAGUGGGAUAUUCGGGGUGAUGCACACGGUCUUCUAUCCUCUCACCCCAUUGCCCCUUUUGUCUCAAUUCACCAUGUCGAUGCUGUUGAUCCUUUUUAUCCGGGCUUGAGCUCGCUGGAGAGCUUGAAACUCUUUGCAAAGGCCAUGAGGCUCGAACCCAGAAGUUUCUUGCAGCGAUCAAUCUGCUAUGACCGAGCACGUAGCCUCACUUUUUCAGUCUCACUUGGUUACGUGGUUCAAGUUUUCCCAAACAUCGUUCUCGCCCGUGAACUGGAACGUUCAGAGCUCACCUACUCUGCAUGGAACAAAAUAAGUGAGAGGAACGAAUUCGACUUCGACACUAGGGAUCCUUAUUCAUCUGUGUGUAAGAAACCUAUCCUUUUUUUCUUAAAAGAUGUAACAAGACAAGGUAAUGCUACACUGGGUUCAUAUGCGCGGGCCAGAGGAAGAGAAGAUUUGAAGAGGAAAGUUAUCUGCUUUCCACGUUCGGUUCCUCUCCGCUAUGUGAGCAAUAUUCAGGUCGUUGGGUAUCCACUGAGCAAGAAUUGGCAUUUGGUACCUCGUCGGUUAUGUUGCAAAUUGAAUCAAACCUCUGAAGAAGGUCUUAGAUUAACAGUUGGACAGUGUGGGAAGGUUUUUAGUUCUGUCACUGAAUUUGCUUGACUAUCGGCUAGGAUAGAGGCGCUUCUGUCUACUCUUCUGCUGAUUUGGAUAUAUGUGAACUACCUGAGGGGGGUGUCUUCAUCGUCGUUUGUUUUGUAAUGCUGAACCCAUUGACUACUGUCUUUCGACGGUCAUGUAUCAUCUGAGAUCCGACAUUUGACAAUACAUUCAUUCUCAUAGAGUGCAGAUAUGAGGGUACUAUGUUCACAAAGUUCAGUUGAAGACAAGUAUGCGACCCUUCAUCUCGGGAACUAGCAUUGUUUACCAUCA